GGAGGAGGAGGAGGGCUCCUUCUAAGGGCCCCGCUUUGUUUCUGCAACAUCUGGUUGUGAUGGUGGGGGGAGCACUACUGCUGCUGGCUGCAUUUGCAUAGAGGAUUUCUGCUUUCUGGGAUCUGUUAUGUGUGUGCCUGGCAGCCAGGAAGAUGGAAUGAGCCGCCUCUUUCAAUUGCUUCCUUCUGCCUCCCGUAUUGUGCUUGGCCCGGGAUCAUCAGUGGAAAGCUAAAAAUAUAGCAUGUGGUAGUACAUGGAGGCAGUUUCUUGCGUGAAAUCCAUCCACUGCUUCUGAAGACAUGUUAUGGUCUCCCAAAUUCUCCUUAUCCAAUAUGCGCGUGCGACUGACAGCCAGCGGCUUGCUCCGGAAUCUGCGGCUGCCUUCUGGAUAUAGGAAAAGCCCAGUUAUAUUCCACACAGUUGAAAAAAAUAAGCAGAAGACCAGCCCGAGAGGUCCAGUUACACAAGCACAGGCACCUCCGGUUGAUCCUAAAUCAGUUGAAUUAACAAAGUGCAAAGCCGUGUGUGAGCAGCAGAGAGGGGUUAUCGAGAACCUGAAAAAUCUCCUCACCGGCAGUAACCAAAGGUUCGAGGCACUGACUGUGGUGGUCCAACAACUCAUAAACCAGCGUGAAGAGACCCUCAAGAAACGCAAAGCCCUAUCUCAAGAACUUCUCAAUUUACGUGGGGAUUUGGUGUGUGCUAGCGGGACAUGUGAGAAAUUGGAAAAGGACAAGAAUGAACUGCUGAUAGCAUAUGAGGGUAUCUUACAAAAAGUGAAAGAGGAACACCAUGCGGAACUCUCUGAUCUUGAGCAGAAGCUAAAACAGUUCUACACAGGAGAGUGUGAGAAACUGCAGAGCAUAUUUAUUGAGGAAGCGGAGAAAUACAAGAAUGAACUCCAAGAAAAGGUUGAUGACCUCAAUUCUACCCAUGAAGAAUACAGGCUGCAGGCAGAGACCAGUCAAGUAGAAACAAUAAAUGCACUCAAGGAGGAAUAUGAAAAAUCAUUAACAGAACUUAAGGAAGCCAAUGAGAAAGAAAAUAAUAUAUUGGAAGAUUCAAUUAAAGAGAAGCAAGCUGAAGUAGAGAAAAAGAUACUUGAGCUUAAAGACGAGAAUGAAUCUUUGAAGGAGAAACUAAAGUAUGAGGAAGAACAAAGGAAAUUACCCAAAGAAAAAUCUGUCCAGAAGAAUUCUCAGGUCAUGUAUCUGGAGCAGGAGCUGGAGAGCCUAAAAGCAGUGUUGGAAAUUAAAAAUGAGAAGCUACACCAACAAGAUAAGAAGCUCAUGCAAAUUGAGAAGCUGGUGGAAACCAAUACGACCCUUGUGGAACGACUGAACAAAUGCCAGCAAGAGAACGAGGAUCUGAAAGCUCGUAUGGCCAAUCAUGUAGCUAUGUCACGGCAACUUUCUACUGAGCAGCAGGUGCUGCAGCGAUCUCUAGAUAAAGAAUCCAAAGCCAACAAACGUCUGUCAAUGGAAAAUGAAGAGCUUCUGUGGAAACUUCACAAUGGUGACCUAUGCAGCCCCAAAAAGCUAUCCCCAUCUUCACCUGCAAUUCCCUUUCAUCCUUCCCGGAAUUCAGGAACUUUCUCAAGUCCAACGGUUUCUCCCAGAUGACACUUUUUCAACCUAUAAACACUUCAGACAUUUCAGGAGAGUUCUGGGAUUUAUAUAAACUCUAACCAUUGAAGUCAAGGCUAUAUUAGCUACGUAAUGAUGACUGGAAUUUGGGAUAUGGGUAAAGAUUACUGGAAAAACAAAAAGGGGUGAUGUUCCUCCUUUAAAGACAUUUAUUCUUAAAAACUAAAAAGAAAACGUUGUUGCACAAAGCACUUACCUAGCAAGAUACCUAGCAAGAUCUGCUCUUGCAUUUUGCCUUUUUUCACCUACAACAAGUAUAUAGGGGAAAAAGCUCAGGGUCUGUAGAUAAAAAGAUCAGAAACGUUAUAUCGAUUUUCACCUGUAGUUUUGUUUUCCCUCUUUACGACUGGGUGCGUGUGAUGUAAAUGUAACGGAUGUUUUAUGACGUGUGCUUCAUGCUGCCUCCUUUGUUCUAAAGGACAAGAAAGUUAUUAUACAUGGAUUGAAGUCCCGUUUUAAACGAAACGUAGAAGGGAAGACCCGCCAUUCCCCUUAGUCGCCACUUCAGUGUCUCCGAAUGACUGUUUUUAACACUAGCACCAUAUUCCAAGGGCUCUCUAACUCCCUCUCUCUCCCUCUUUUUGCUUUAAUGAAUUCCUCCUUACAUCAAAUUCCUAACCCACACUUCUCAUACCUUCUACAACAAGGACUUACAAUUCGGACUUUUUUAUUUCCAGCAAGGAUCCAUUAUUUUGGACUAUGCAAGGGGUUUACUUGGGGCGUUAACCUUAACUUUGGUUAUCUCUUCUAUAAAUGCAACUGUAUUCCUGUAGUUCCCCUAGAGUGCUAUGGUAAGUUGGAGAUCAGAAACCAGACCACUCAAACUUAAAGAUCCCGGACAUUGUACCUUCCAUUAAGGAAACGAAUCCAAGAAAGGCAACCUGGAUGCAACUUCCAUCAGACCUGGCUAUACUCUUAUCAUUCUUAGGUCAGGAUUAUUUAGUGUUUGGUGUUCCAUGUGUCGGGGAGUUGUGACUCGCAUCAUCUCUCCUCCAGCAGAACUAAUAGUUCUGUAACUUUGGCAGCACAGAUAUUUACUGCCUUUAAUGUAACUGUUUUCUUUUUGAACUGCAAAACCCGUGGAGGGUUUAAUUUUUUCCACUUUCUGAAAACUAUUUCCAAAGAAUUUAUUUUGAACAUUUGAUAAAUCGUUAAAGAUUUAAUUGCCUUGAGUUUGUCGACCCAUGUCUUGGCAUUGUUGCGUUGUCUUGUUUAUCAUAGGAUUGUCUAAGGCACUGAAGUUUAAAUGUGGGCACAGAAGACUUAAAUGUUGUGUGUUUUUUGUUUUUUUUCUCCCCUUUCGUUUUCAUCUGUGUCAUACAAAUGUUUGUAGUUUAGAAAAAAAUAUGGAUGUAUAAAAGAAAUUAUAAAGCUGUAGUUGCUUGGUUUGUAAUGAUGAAAAUAUACUGACGUAAGGAGAAAAUAAAUUUAUUGGUGCAAUAAUUAACUUCA